AUUACUACCUCCGUCCCAGAGUAUUUGUCCACUUUCAUUUUUACACACCAUCCAAUACACUUCUUUAAUCCAUUUUAUCUUGUAAUUUGUAUAUUAAAAAAUUAUAGAAAUUAUAUAUUAAUAAUCUAUAUGUUAAGACAAAUCAAACAAGAUCACACAUGACUAUAUUUAGGCUUACACAUUGAGAAAAUUUGAUGAGUCAAAGUGUUUAGAUGAACCAUUCCAAAAGUUAAAACUGGAUGAAUGUAGCGGAACGGAGGGAGGGAGUAUUUGGUUGGUGCUUAAAACUUACUACCGGGAAAAAGGAUGAACCACCCAAGUUAAUUUCAGGUAGAGUUUCGGGAAGAGUUGACCAUGCGUUUCAGAUUCUUCGCUGUGCUAAAUCUUCUUCUUCUUAUUCUCCUAAGCUCAACAGCAGCGGCGGUUGAUUUCGUCUACAAUGGAUUCCCCUCCUCGAAUCUAAGCCUCAGCGGAAUCGCCGACCUGACCUCCAACGGCCUCUUGCGUCUGACCAACGGGACAGCGCUGCAAAAAGGGCAGGCUUUCUACCCUCGCCCGGUGACCUUCCACAACUACAACUCCUCCUCCGCCUUGAUCUCCUUCUCCACUUCCUUCGUCUUCGCCAUCGUUCCUCAGUUUCCUGCUCUCAGCAUUCACGGAAUCGCCUUCUUAAUCGCCCCCACCCCUGGCCUCCCCUGGGGUAUGCCCACCCAGUAUCUCGGUCUCUUCAACCAGACAAACAAUGGCAACUCCACCAACCACGUCGUUGCAGUUGAGCUCGACACGGCCCAGAACAAAGAGUUCGGCGACAUCGAUGACAACCAUGUUGGGAUUGAUAUCAACGGGUUGAGAUCUGAAGUUGCUGCUUCCGCGGGGUAUUAUGAUGAGGACGGGCAUUUGAGGAACCUGACCCUUACCAGCGGGCAGCCGAUGCAAGUUUGGGUCGAAUACGAUGGUUCAGAGAGAAAGAUGGAGGUCACUCUAGCUCCCAUUAAUCGCCCCAAACCCAGGACUCCUCUUUUGUCCUUAGUUCGUGAUCUUUCUUCCAUUAUUAAUGACUAUGAUGAAAUGUAUCUUGGGUUCUCCUCGUCCACCGGUGCAAUUCCAACAUCUCAUUAUAUUCUGGGCUGGAGUUUCAAGACGAAUGGUCGGGCCGAAGACCUCUCCAUUUCUAGACUCCCUAGACUUCCUCGGGUCCGUUCCCGAAAAAAAUCCCCACUUUUGACCAUUGGGUUGCCUUUGAUUGCAGCCGGUCUUGUUCUGAUUGCAAUCUCAGGUGUUGUAGCUUACUACAUAACAAGGAAGAGAAAGUUUGCUGAUGAAGUUGUUGAAGAUUGGGAGCUUGUAUACGGGCCUCACAGAUUCAAGUAUAAAGAUCUGUACAUUGCCACAAAAGGGUUCAGCCAAGAGGAGUUACUUGGGUCGGGUGGGUUUGGAAAGGUUUACCACGGGGUUCUACGGGCCUGCAAAACCGAGAUUGCUGUGAAAAGAGUCUCCCAUGAGUCCAGGCAAGGAAUGAAGGAGUUUGUGGCCGAGAUUGUAAGCAUUGGUCGUCUCCGACACCGGAACUUGGUUCGGCUCUUGGGAUAUUGCCGGCGCCGGGGUGAGCUCCUUUUGGUAUACGACUACAUGCCCAAUGGGAGUCUAGACAAGCACUUGCAUGGCGACAAGCCGAAUGCAACCCUUGAUUGGAGAAAAAGAUUCAAAGUCAUCAACGGGGUUACCGCGGCAUUGUUUUAUUUACACGAAGAAUGGGAAUGCGUUGUGAUCCACCGAGACGUUAAGGGGAGCAACGUCCUGUUAGACGAUGAGUUUAAUGCAAGACUGGGAGAUUUCGGGCUCGCAAGGCUUUAUGACCACGGCACCGACCCACAAACCACCCACAUUGUUGGGACUCUAGGGUAUCUUGCCCCGGAGCACGCGGUUACCGGAAAAGCCACACCUGCAACGGAUGUGUUUGCCUUUGGUGCAUUUUUGCUUGAGGUUGCCACGGGAAGGAGGCCAAUCUCUCCACCAACAGGAGAAGAUGCAAUGGUUUUGGCUGAUUGGGUUCAUUCUUGUUGGUGUAGAGGCGAUAUUCUUGAGGCUAAGGAUCCAUUGAUGGGGUCAGAUUAUGUGACAGAGGAAGUGGAAUUGGUGUUAAAACUCGGCCUCCUCUGUUCCCAAUCUGAGCCUCGAGCAAGGCCAACCAUGCGCCAAUGUGUUCAGUUCUUGGGAGGAGAUUUUCCCUUUCUUGGCGUGCCUUCUCCUGCUGGUCUAGCAUUUGACCAUCCCCAUGGCUCUCAUGGUUUUGGCCCCUCAUAUUCAUCUUCUUCUGUUGAAGAGUCUCUCCUCUCUGGAGGUCGUUAGAUAGACUCUAACUAUUUUUAUGCAAUGUAGAUGAUCUAAAUAUGUAGUAUUAAGGUAUUGCUAUUUGGAUAGUAUAUGAUGAAUAAAUAAAUGUUUUGCUCUUUGUGCCAUAUAAAAAAAUUUAUAAACGAAAAAGAAAGGAAGUACUCCAGU